CACAGACUUACUUCAUAAUGACUCACUUUAUCAAAAUAAUAUUUUAGCACAGUAUCUUCACUUUUACUCGCACUAGUAUGUCUUAAGGGUACUUUUUACAGCACUCCAGAAAGUGUUCUAGUAACGCAUUAGUAAAUAAUUCACAGUGCACAUUUAUAUCACCGUUACCACGGCCACACUUACAGGGUUAUUACAAUGUAAUGGCGCGUUAAUACUGCCAUCGUUACGGUAAUGCGCGAGAAGCCACGCCUCCGCCGUGUAAUCCUCCAUGGACGAUGAGGAGCCCCUCUCCGCUCUCCAUCAUCAUCUGCAGAAAAAUGCGAGCGGGGAGCGGUAACAAAAUGUCAACUCGGGCCGCUCUCCCUCAGCCGCAGACAUGAGCGGAGCCCCGUCUGCCUCCUACAGCUGCAACAAGUCGCUCUCGCCAUGCGCUUCCACGGCAAAGUAGUUGUGAUCGCCGUGUGCCUGGGAGUUUUCCUACUUUUGUACUUUUUGGGGGGCAACGCCGCGGACGACCCGCUGCUGAGAGAAGUUGUCGAGGAGGAGGAGGAGGAUGACGGCAACUCUUCCCUGUCGCCGUCGGAGCUCGGGCGCGAUGUCGCGGCGAAGUUUGCGAGGAAGAAGCAGCCGUCGGCGGGAGUCGGCGCGCGUGCGGAGGAGCUCCUCGGGAGACGGAAAGAGGGGCGCGCGGUGAACAGAGGGGCCGGCGUGAACGCGAAGAGCAUACAGCGGAGUCAUGUCGCCAGACCUGUGGCAAGACGCACCCGGGUGGAGGAGGUCAUGCAUCUGGCUGUGGUGGCCUGUGGGAAUCGCCUGGACGAGACCCUCACCAUGGUCAAAUCGGCCCUCCUGUUCAGCCUCAAGAAGAUCACGUUUCACAUUUUUGCUGAGGACCCUUUGGCUCCACAGUUUAAAGAAAAGCUGAACCAGUGGCCUCGCGCUGUCUCCGCCAAAUUCCACUACACCAUCUACCCCAUCACCUUCUCCGUGGGGAACGCCGACGAGUGGAAGAAGCUCUUCAAGCCCUGUGCUGCUCAGAGGCUCUUCCUCCCGGUCAUCCUGAAAGACGUGGACUCGUUGCUCUACGUAGACACCGAUGUGCUCUUCCUGCGGCCCAUGGACGACAUCUGGAGUCUCCUCAAGUCCUUCAACAGCACCCAGUUGGCAGCGAUGGCCCCAGAGCACGAGGUCCCAAAGAUCGGCUGGUACAGCCGCUUCGCACGCCACCCUUUCUACGGAGUCACGGGGGUCAACUCGGGCGUCAUGCUGAUGAAUCUCACGAGGAUCCGCAGCACCCUGUUCAAAAACAGUAUGAUCCCCAGUGGCCUGUCGUGGGAGGAUCUUCUACAUCCGCUUUAUCAGAAGUACAAGAACCAUAUCACCUGGGGGGACCAGGACCUCCUCAACAUUAUCUUCCACUACAACCCAGAGUGUCUCUUCAUCUUUCCCUGCCAGUGGAACUACCGGCCAGAUCACUGCAUGUAUGGCAGUAACUGUAAAGGGGCUGAAGAGGAGGGCGUGUCCAUCCUCCACGGCAACCGUGGCGUGUAUCAUGACGACAAGCAGCCGGCGUUCAAAGUAGUUUACGAUGCAGUACGUGAUUAUCCCUUCGAGGACAACAUGUUCCAGUCGCUGUUCUACCCCAUCCAGACCAAGUUCCUGGACACGGUCAACACCCUGUGUGGGCGGAUUCCCCAAGUCUUCCUCAAGCAGAUAGAAAAGACCAUGAGGAAGGUGUUUGAGGACAAAGUGGUCCGACACGUCAAAAAGCACAAAUAGCCGAUGGGAGAAACAGACUCCCCGUUUUAUCCGACAACAUGGAGGACCAUCUCGCUGUGGAUCGUGUGUCCCACCAGCCUCUCCUGGACUGAACUGUCGGCUCUGCGCUCGUAGCACAUAACACUUCCUUGAAUGGUCUUAUGACCGUGACGAUCCUCCGGUGAUGGGGUGGGUAAUAGGCCUGUGCAUACAGAAAAGCAUACAGUGCUGGUCAGUGAUGCCGUAGAAUAGGUUUGCCUUACUGCCAUCUUAAACCUUUCACAUCCCAGUCAUGCACGGCGAAGAAACGUUGGAUAGCUGCAGUGCAGAGAAAAAGACUGCAUGAAUUAUUAUUGUUAUUAUUUUCUUUUAAUCAAGAGCUACGAAAGUAUCAGCUCUUCAUCUCAAGUGUAGGCUGAAAUCAAAAAAUUGAAGGCGUCUCCCAAAUCCUUCCUUAUUUGCUUCUCUCACAAACAUAGUGAACUCGAGUCAACCACUCCUCUGAAACCACGUCGAAUGUUUCACCAGCAGACAACUUGAGAAGUGAGCCUGCGUGAGCGAGGAGGGAUCGCCUUGUUCUUGGCCUGUCUGCAGCAGCCAAAUGCCACUGACAGUAUUAAAUGCGGCACAAAAAAAAAAAAAAAGAGGAAAGGUGGACUUGGACGUCACACGCGGAAUGUUAAAAAUGCACUUUCAGAAUGAUAUUAGGGCUGGAUGGCUGUCUGUAGAUGCUACGCCAACUGGGUCAAUCCAAACCAAAAGUGCUAGCGUUUAGAAGAUAGCGUCGUACCACAGCUGAUCGCGUGCCAUAUAAAUAUUCAUGUCUGCCAUGUUUACUGUUACAAGAAAGUGAGCGAUUUAGAUGUGUUUGUGUGCGUGUGUGUGUGAGGCGGUAUCCUAGUCUGUAAUGUGAUGUGAGGUCCUGCUGUGAACACAUAAGUCACAUGUUUGAGCGGCAGAACUUUCGAUGUGGUGUAAUGAUCUAAAUAUAUAUCAUUCCAACUGGAAACUGAAAGUGGCUGUACAGUCAACACGUGUUUCUAAAUAAAUCAAUGCAAUCUA